AUAUUUUGAGUAAAAUGGUUGUUUCAGGAAACAAAUGUGCGUACACAGUGGAAUAAAAGUUAUCGCACAUCACAUUUCAACGUUUGCUCGAACACCCCAAACAUACAGUAAGUCAGACUUUUAUUUCGAAAGUUGUACCGGAAACCUCGUUGUACUCGGAUUAGCUCGACAGUAUUUUGUGUCGUGCCUGAAAGGACUGUGAAGUCUUGCAGCGGUUCAGACAGAUCACAGGAGUGACAACUUAACGACGGCGAGAGCUCUUCGUCGGUUUGGUCCUCGCUCUUCCCGGUUAUCUGGACGGAGGCGACAGCUGAGCUCACAGCCGCUUCAUUUUCCUCGGUGAGACGAGCCCAGCCGCCAACUCCUGCGAGGAUAGCUCGGAUAUUCAAGGACAUUUUAACGUUAUCACAGCUACUUUGGCCUUUUUUCGCCCCACGGCCGAUUGAGGAAACCAACGUGUGCGUCUCCUGCGCAGUGAUGUGGUCAGAUUUAGUAAACACCAUCAGAAACUGCGGUUGAUAUUGACACACUCUCACACACAGGAGGUAAUGAUGUGUCUCUGCGUGUCAUCUUUGCAUGUCGCGCCCGCACCCCUUCCUCUGCCGAAGGGCCAAACAAACGGCGACGUUAAGGAAAUCAGUUACUGACUUUCGAUGCGUUCAUCUCAAUUAUGGCAUCGCUUCCAACCCCAGACCUCAUCAAGCCGGCGGCAUCUUCGUGCUGAGAGCGAACCGUGUUACUGGUGAAAGCGGCGACCCCAAAACGCGGAGAAAGGCCGAUGAACUUUGCGUUACUCUUCAAAACUGCUGAGUGCUGGAGCUUGGUGAAGCCAGAGGUGCAUCGCAGGUGUGCAUCAGGUCCAGGAACCAUCAAUGUGGACUUCAUCUGGUGAUUCGACAAGUCACAUAUAGGAGCCCCCUGAGUCUCUCCUGCCCCCUCUCCCCCUCCCUUCCCUCUGUCCCUCCCUCCUCCUUUCCCUUAUCAAUCUUCUCCCUGACCCCCCUUUCACCAUGCUUAUAAAGGAGUACCGCAUCCCCAUGCCCAUGAGUGUGGAGGAGUACCGCAUCGCCCAGCUCUAUAUGAUCCAGAAAAAGAGCAGAGAAGAGAGCUGUGGUGAAGGUAGCGGGGUGGAGAUCCUAGAGAAUAAGCCCUACACAGAUGGCCCGGGUGGGGCAGGCCAGUACACCCACAAGGUCUACCACAUUGGCAUGCACAUUCCCAGCUGGUUCCGCUCCAUAUUGCCCAAAGCAGCCCUGAGAGUUGAAGAGGAGUCCUGGAACGCCUACCCUUACACCCGCACCAGAUACACCUGUCCCUUUGUUGAGAAGUUCUCCAUUGACAUUGAGACCUACUACAAAUCCGACACAGGCAACCAAGCAGAUGUCUUCAAUAUGUCUGCAGCAGAGAAGAGGCAGAGGACUAUUGACCCAAUCGACAUUGUGACAGAUCCCAUCCCCCCUCACGAGUACAAAGCAGAGGAAGACACGCGGCUCUACAAGUCAGUCAAGACCCAGAGGGGUCCUCUGCGGGACGACUGGAUAGAAGAGUACAACAAUAACCCAGGGAAGACCCCCAUCAUGUGUGCCUACAAACUCUGCAAGGUGGAGUUCCGCUACUGGGGCAUGCAGUCUAAGAUUGAACGUUUCAUCCAUGAUGUUGGACUGAGAAAGGUGAUGGUGCGUGCCCACCGGCAGGCCUGGUGCUGGCAGGAUGAGUGGUACGGUCUGACCAUGGAGGACAUCCGGCAGCUGGAACUGGAAACCCAGCUGGCCCUGGCCACAAAGAUGGCCCUGUUCAGUCAGGCAGAGGAGGCCACAGAGGCCAACGGAGGUGCUCCGUCUCCUGACAAAGACCAGGAGGUUAAAGAGGCGAUGAACUCCAUUGAAGCUGAGGAGGUGGCUGAGGAGGUGACUCUCCAGCCACGAGGUGUACUCACCAAACAGUGGUCCACUUCAUCCCGAUCCUCCCGCUCAUCCAAGAGAGGAGUGAGUCCAUCACAUCACAGCAUCUCAGAGUGGAGGAUGCAGAGCAUAGCGCGAGACUCAGACGACAGCUCGGACGAGGAGUUCUUCGACGCUCAUGAGGAUUUCUCAGAUGGCGAGGAGGUCAUCCCAAAGGAAAUCACUAAGUGGAACUCCAAUGAUCUCAUAGACAAGAUUGAAGCUACAGACACAGAGGAAACUCCUGGUGAGCUGUUCAAGGAAAUGACAGUGGAUUAUGAAAGAACAACCAGUGAGGACAGACUAGAUGAGAUGCGUGGCUCUGUUAGAGGCAAAGCCGAUAGCUCUCCCAUUCCCACCAUCACGGUAACAAGGCACCAGUCAGAGAGCUCGUCCCAGCAGUGCCUGCAGCCUUCCAAAAUCCACGUGCUGAUCUUGGUUCUUCACGGAGGGAACAUCCUGGAUACAGGCGGAGGGGACCAGAACAGCAAGCAGGCCGACGUCAACACGAUUAGUACAGCUUUUGACACAGUCAUGCGUGUUCACUACCCCGCUGCGCUGGGACGCAUCGCCAUCCGUUUGGUACCUUGCCCUGCCAUCUGUGCCGAGGCCUUCUCCCUGGUGUCCAACCUGAGCCCAUACAGCUACGAUGAAGGUUGUCUGUCCAGCAGCCAGGACCACAUCCCCCUGGCAGCUCUCCCACUCCUGGCCACCUCUGCUCCACAGUACCAGGAGGCCAUGGCCACCGUCAUCGUCAAAGCCAACCAGGUGUACGCAGAUUUCAUAAAGUCUCUGAAUGGGGCAGCCUUCACCGGCCAGGUAUGCCUCAUUGGAGACUGUGUGGGAGGAAUUUUGGGAUUUGAUGCCCUGUGCAGUAGCAAUCAGACAGUUAAUGAAAGCCAGAACAGCAGUCGCAGGGGCAGUGUCGUGAGUGUACAGGACCAGGAUCUCCUCUCUCCUGGUAUCAUUGUCAACAGUGGGCACGGGUCAGCCUCUUCGACCCUGGAGGGCAGCCGUCACCUCAGUCGCAGUAACAUAGACAUCCCUCGUGCUGGCGCAGGUGACGACACCAAGAGACAACUGCCACGCAAGAGAAGUGACUCCUCCACCUACGAACUGGACACGAUCAAACAACACCAGGCCUUCCUGUCCAGCUUACACUCCAGUGUCUUGCGGAACGACGCAGUCUCACGCAGGUCAAGCAGCAGCACUAUGCUGGAUGGAGGCUCCGUGGGGAAGUUUGACUUUGAGGUGUCCGACUUUUUCCUGUUUGGCUCUCCCCUUGGUUUGGUACUGGCCCUGAGAAAGACUGUCAUUCCUAUGCUGGAUGUGGCCCAGCUGCGCCCUGCCUGUCAGCAGGUCUACAACCUGUUCCACCCAGCCGAUCCCUCAGCCUCCCGCCUGGAGCCUCUGCUGGAAAGGAAAUUUCAUCUCCUGCCGCCCUUCAACGUGCCCCGUUACCAACGCUUUCCCCUAGGUGAUGGAAACUCUGCGCUACUGGUGGAGACAGUCCAGAGCAACUCUCAGCUGCUACUUGACAGCGGGCCUCCCCUGUCCUUUCGCUGUCAGGAGACCAUCAGUGAGACCUGCAUCCCUGUGCCUGUGCUAAACUGGCAGGAGGGCUCCCUCAAAGCCACACCCACCACUAUGGAGUCGGAUGUUGUUCAGUCUCAUGGUGGUGUCUUCAUGGACAGUUCGUACCCCUCAUCCCCCGUAACGGGCCCCCUCUCCCGGGGCCAGCGGAGGGCCAGUGAGGUCAGCAUUGCCAGCCAGGUCUCAGGAAUGGCAGACAGUUACACUGCCACCAACAUAGCCAACACCAAUUCAUGCCAAACUAACCAAUCAAAAAAGUUUGGCCUUUUGUCCCAACUCGCCCUAUCAUCGCAAAACAAAUUCUUCAUGAAAAGUCCCCCAAAAUCCCGUAAGACAAGAUGUCCUGGUGCAGGUCUAAUGGCAGAGCUGGACAAUGAGGCAGAGACUAGUGAAGGGCUAAAUCCUACUGGCCAAUAUGAGAACUGCCUGUCACCCGGGCUGGACUGUGCUAUAUCUGUUCUGGUCUCACUGGACUCUCAAGCUGAAGUGGAGCAAGUUGCAGCACGUUGGUGGGGCACAAAGCGGCUGGACUUUGCCCUGUACUGCCCCGACGCUCUGACCGCUUUCCCCACAGUGGCUUUACCGCACCUCUUCCACGCAUCAUACUGGGAGUCCACUGAUGUUGUGUCUUUUCUCCUGAGACAGGUCAUGAGGCAUGAAAACUCUAGCAUCCUGGAGCUCGAUGGGAAAGAAGUGUCUGAAUUCACCCCCUCCAAACCUCGAGAGAAGUGGCUCCGCAAGAGGACUCAUGUGAAGAUCAGGAACGUGACUGCCAACCACCGUGUGAAUGACGCAGUGUUCACAGAAGACGCCCAGCAGGUCUUGACAGGUCGCUUCAUGUACGGCCCUCUGGACAUGGUCACUUUGGCCGGGGAGAAGGUUGACCUCCACAUCAUGACCCAGCCUCCAUCAGGAGAAUGGGUGUACUUCAACACAGAAGUGACCAACAGUAGCGGCCGUGUGUCUUUUGUCAUCCCAGAGGACAAACGUCUGGGCAUAGGAGUCUACCCAGUCAAAAUGGUUGUGAGGGGCGACCACACAUUUGCAGACAGCUACCUAACAAUUAUCCCACGUGGCACAGAGUUUGUGGUAUUCAGCAUCGACGGGUCAUUUGCCGCCAGUGUGUCAAUCAUGGGCAGUGAUCCCAAAGUGCGGGCAGGAGCAGUUGAUGUUGUCAGGCACUGGCAGGAUUUGGGCUAUUUGAUCAUCUAUGUGACAGGACGACCAGACAUGCAGAAGCAGCGGGUAGUUGCUUGGUUGUCUCAACACAACUUCCCUCAUGGCAUUGUCUGCUUCUGUGACGGCCUGGUCCACGACCCACUCAGACACAAGGCCAACUUCCUCAAGACCCUGACCGAGGCUCACAUGAAGAUUUUCGCCGGCUAUGGAUCAACCAAAGACAUCUCAGUCUACACCUCCAUUGGCCUCCCCUCCUCCCAAAUAUUCAUUGUCGGCAGACCCUCUAAGAAGAUGCAGCACCAGUGCCAGUUCAUAACAGAGGGAUAUGCGGCUCAUUUGUCCCAGUUGGAAUACAACCACCGUUCUCGGCCGGCUAAGUCCAGCACUGCACGGAUGGUGCUACGUAAAGGCAGCUUCGGCUUGGGUGCGAACAGUGACUUCCUGAGGAAAAGGAACCACCUGCUGCGCACCAUCUCCUCCCAACCAGCCCCCAGCUCCCCAACAGGCAGCAUACACAACAGGCCAGAACGCACGCAGAGCCAAUCAGAUGGUGAGCGGCUGGAGUGCGCUCACAGCUACAGCCAGGGAGCAGCACAGCGCAGCAUGAGCAUCACAGCCAGCUGCUGGGGCCGCAGCAGCAGCACCAAGCUGGAACCAGGCGUUCUCAGCCCCAAAUGAGAAUAGGGAGACAAUGUCACUUGAAAAGACAGUGCUGAGGAAGAGACUCUUGACAAAGAUAAAUGAAACAGUUGGCUUGCACCUGAUGGGUAAAUACCACAAUGAAAAUAACAGGUGCUACUAACCACUCUUUAUAAAACAAACGCCAGUCUCACUCAACACAUUUAUGGACAGAAGCUCUGGCUAUAUUUAUUAUAAAACAGACACACACAACUCAACAGGCAUUUCAAGAAGCAUCUUCCUGAAACAGGAACAUGCAUAUAAAUAGAUAUAGCUUAUACUGAAGGAAUCCAGACUGUUUCUACUGUUUAGUAAAUAUUUAUCAGCCUUGAAUACAAGGUUUCCUCCUACAACAGGCUUUUAGAUUGGAGAUGGGUACACAUACAAGCAACCCCAUGCUGUAUACAAACAACACAAAGUGGUUACAGACAGCCUGUAUCAGGUCCAAGUGCUGAUACUGCACUGUAACUGACUACUGUUGCUACUGCAAGCACAAUUACUAUAGAGAGCAACUUUGUGUCUAAUAGUUUUAAAGCUAUGUCCUUUUUAUGUGAUAAAAUCUGAUAUGUUCACGUCUGGGAGCAGAGCUGAGAAUCAGGUAAAACUGGAUUGAAUGUAUUUCUUUUCUCGGUGUGACCAAACAAACAUGAACGUUUACCCAAAAUGUUUGUUCGAAUUUUUUAGGAAAAGCAUAAUUUCUCAACUUUUUUUUUAAAUGUGUCAUUCGGUAGGCCAACUUGAAAUUAUUUGAUCAAGAGGUACUUCUAUAGCAUGUACAAACAGCAUUUACUAAAAAACGUUUCACCAAACCAUUACAGUCCAGUUUUGCUUGUUUUCUAGUCGUCCCUCAGACCAAAGAACCAUCCAAAUGUCGCAUGAAGCAAACUGCGAAAUUACCCUUUAAUUAUGGUUGCAGCUUCCUGGGUUUUUAUAGCAUUUCAUUACAUCUCACCAUACUGCACCUACUGUACCUUCUUGAAUCUGUAAUGUAUGACCCAGCUAAAGGGAAAACUCCUACUGUAUGGUUAAUGUGCCAAAGUAAACAGUAUAGAAUGAUAUACUGUACAUGAACAGAGAAGAAAUGCUGACGGUCUCCUGUGUAAAAAUGGAACAGAUUGUGCAGUUUGUAGUUGAAUGCCUUCACAAGGCAUUGUACAUAAUUGUUAUAUUACAGUGCAGAUCUGGUAUCUGGUCCACUGAAGACCAGUUUCAAGUGUCUUCUUUACUCCACCUCAUUCAGGAUACACUUUAUUGAUUGAUCAUGAUAAUUAUUGCUAUUUAAGAUGAUAGAUAUUUUAAAAUGUAUUGAUUUUGUGAACAAAAUGUGUUUUAAAAUUACUUUAGCUGUGUUUUUUUCUCCUUCAAACUUCAGUUGCAGCAGCCAAAACUCAAAAGAGGUAUUUGCCUGGCACAGUAUUGUAUUUUUAUUAUUUUAUCUUGCAGAUCACCAGAAUUGUAUCAAGAGAACUGCUAUCUUGUGUCAUAUAUUGUACGUUUUGUUAUUAUCUAUUUUGGAAAUUUGGGAUAUGGCUUCAUUCUGGUUAUCUCUAAGCUGUAAAUGAGGCGUUGAAUGUGCUCAUAGAUAAUCCUCCUUAGGUUAAAGGCUCUUUUCUCUGUUCUGCUGCUCCUUUAGAGGGAGAAUAAUCUGCAAAUUGUAAAUUCUGUACAAUAUGCUGUCAGAAGUAGGAACACGGAGCUAAGACUUGCUUUAUGCUGUUCGCAAUUUAUUUCUGAAAUGGGUAAAAAUGUGUGAUUUAUUCAUUCAAAGGAUGUUUAUUUGUCCCUCUACUAGGCAUGUACAGUAUACAGAUGAGUGCAAUGGACCAAUAUGGACUAAAAUGUAAUGGGAAGAGUGCAAUAUUACACAACCACACCACAAGAUCAAACAGACUGUUGAGGGAAUGUCACAGUGCGUUGACAAUCAGUUCAACACGCACACAUUCUACAGAUGUCAAAUUGCAGGGGGAAUCUGAACACAUCUUAGCACUUAGCACAGGCAUACAUGCAACAUUUGUAGUCCAUUUUUAAAAAAGUAGAGAGUUUUCACAAGAAAGUGCCAUCGACUUGAUAAUGGUGUGGAAUAUUACAGUAGGGUUUCUCCUGUGGUCUCCUCCUUAACUUUCUUUGAUGUUAACAUUCCAGCACAUACAGGAUAAAGUCACUUACAUUUAGUGACCCAGAAAUCAGCUGCAAGUUUAUUAGGUCCACCUCUCUAAAAACAAAUAAUGCAGACGUGCAACACAUUCACCUUUUGUGAAGGUUAUAAUGUUCAGUUUUAGUUUCAACUGUUUUACAGAGGUUUAACUUGAUGGUCAUUUUCGAGGCUUUAAUCUGUGGUACUGUAGAAUUGUACUGUGUAAUACUGGGAGGUGUUUUUAAUAUUUUGUUCACCCCUUUUGUAUAGAUGGGGGUAGACUUCAUUCUAGAUAACCGAGUGUACAUCCCAAUGCAUAAGUACCCGUAACCUUCUUACCUUCUUAACUUCAGUACUGUUUCCAGCUAUUCUGGUGAAGAAAGGUGUAAUUACAUACUUUACUACUGUCCCUCUGCAUUUUGACCAUUUCAGAGAUUCAUCUUGAAGCCAUAUAUACAACUCUUUCAAAAGCUGCUGAUUAAAGAAUGGCUGACUGUGUAUUGAUAAUAAAUACAAAAAAAGUACAGGGAACGCUGGAAAACAUGCAUUCAACUAAAGUUGGCACCUACUCAACCAUA